CUGAGUGAGGAGGGAUUUUGAUGCUCCGCCUCUUACGUCGUCUGACCUGCAGGCCUGUUCCUUGGCAUAAUAUUCGGAACUUGCUUUGCGCAUCUCUCAUGCUGCGCAGCAUCUUGCACUGGACUUCUUAGGACAAUUGACGAAAAAAGGUAGUCAGCAUUCCCAGAGCCAGCGCUAUGGAAGAAUGCGCGACCUUAAAUGACCUUCAGACAUGGGAGCGCCUGGUCGAAGAACAGUCAAGCCUCUUUCGUCUUACACUCACUGACAAUCAAACGCUACGCAUUCGGGUCGACGAACUGGAACGAGAACUAUCGGUGUGGAAGCUGGCUUUCAAGGCUGCCGAAGAUGAAAAAUGCAAUCUACAAAAACAAAUGCUCAAGUUAGAGAAAAACAUUGGCUCGUUAAGGGAUGAUAACCCGCUUCUCCUCUGCCUCAUUGACGGCGAUGGCAACAUUUUCUCCCAAGACUUACUUGCGUCAGGCCAUACAGGAGGCCGGCAAGCAGCUAUGCUGCUAACCAAAGGGUUAACAGACUAUAUGGUCGAUGUCGAUGCUGGAUCUUCCGGGCGUGGACAAGUUUGGCUGACUGUGUACUGCAAUAAAACCGGCUUGAUGGACACGCUGGUGAACAACGGUAUAUGCAGUGCUUCAGAAUUUGAAGCAUUUGUGCUGGGUUUCAACUCAGCUUCGCCGUUAUUCUCUAUCGUGGAUGUGGGUGGGGGAAAAGAAGCAGCAGAUGCGAAGAUUAAAGAAUGUCUUCGUGUUUUCACCCGCUUUCCCCAGACUUCACGUGUAUUCUUCGGAGGUGGGCACGAUAAUGGAUACACUUCGACAUUAAGUACCCUUGAAAACGAGGGCCUGCUGGAAAAAAUUGUCUUACUCCGUGGAUACAAGACUCUCGCCGCUGAGCUUCAACCCUUCGAUUUGCCCCACCUCGAUAUUGGAGGUGUCUUCAUGACAAAGAAACUUCCGUCGUCUUAUACACACAGGAGGUCGACACCUCCAACAGGGUUCGCUCCCCAAGAACAUGACAGACAGAAGAUAAACCCCAAAAAUUUCCUCGUUGGAACGCAGAGUCCAGUCAUUUCUAUGAACACAUCCUUCUGCAGAUAUCUUGAUCCUUCUCUGCCACUCAACAAGCAAACUCCACGACCUUGCACAUUUUUCUAUCUGUCCGUGUGUAAGCAAGGUGAUAAGUGCACCUAUGGCCACGAUUACUUUCUUACAGCAGACAAUUACGCCGAGCUUCGUGCCAAUGCGAAGAAAUCACCUUGCCCCGUCUUUAAUAAGAACCAACUUUGUCCCUUUGGCGAAAGUUGCCCUUCUGGACACUACUGCCCCAGAGGGUCUAAAUGUGGCUACAGGAAACAAGGCAAAUGCAAAUUCAUCGGGAGAGAGAUGCAUAUUCCGCUGAAUGAACGCAUAAGCAUCAGUGGACGACCUCCAUCUAGAGCCCAGAGCAGCAACGUCAGCGGGCAGACAGAUGGAACUCCGACUCCUCCGAUGAGCCCAGUUGACCUCGGCAAUUUCGCCACCAUAUCACCCUUUGUGCCACAAGGCACUAGGUGAUCCAUAUGUAGAUUACUAGAUCCCGCUACGCUGAAUUGUAGUAUGUCUAUAAAUCUAAUACUAUUACAUGUUGCUUAGCUAUAGCAUGAAACGCGGUCACG